AUUUUGUCGAACCUUUACUUUAAAACUUUUAGAGCACCUGAACGCGCUUUCUAUUUCUAGGACCCGUCUAAAUAACGUUGUGCAUGUAGGCCUGCUGUGUUUGUUUCCAACCAUCCGGACCUCAGUCCACAGCUAGGUGGUUCAAUGUUACACCACAUAUGGAGACUAACCACAGGAUGACCCAGCGGGUGUUUUACUAGAAUUAUCUGUCCAGAAGACGAACUGAUCGGUGUGAUGAAGGAUCGACUGGCUGAACUGAGCGCUGGCAAAACACAAGUAGAGGAGGAUGUUGCAGUCGCAGUGGACAGAGAUGGCUUCAUGGAGAGCUUUUUCAGAAGGGUGGAAGAAGUUCGAGGGCUCAUUGAUAAGAUCUCCUACCAAGUGGAAGAGGUGAGGAAGAUGCACAGCAUGAUCCUGUCUGCACCCAACCCAGAUGACAGAACAAAGGAUCAGCUUGAUGCAUUGACCAACGAUAUCAAAGGGAAUGCCAAUGUGGUGCGAACGAAGCUAAAAUCCAUGGAGCAAAAUAUGCCCAAAGAUGACACAGCUAACAGAUUUUCUGUUGACUUCAGGAUCCAGAAAACACAGCACACAGUGCUGGCCAGGAAGUUUGUUGAGGUCAUGACCCAGUACAAUGAGACGCAAGUGUCCUUUCGGGAAAGAAGCAAAGGAAGGAUCCAGAGACAGCUGGAGAUAACUGGAAGAGUGACCACCAAUGAAGAACUUGAAGACAUGCUAGAAAGUGGAAAUCCAUCAAUCUUCACAUCUGAUAUCAUUUCUGACUCUCAGAUCACGCGUCAGGCCUUAAAUGAGAUAGAAUCAAGACACCAGGACAUUAUCCGCCUGGAGUCGAGCAUCAGAGAGCUUCAUGCCAUGUUCAUGGACAUGGCAAUGCUGGUUGAGACUCAGGGAGACAUGGUCAACAACAUUGAAAACAAUGUUUCCAAUGCAACUGAAUUCAUUUGUCGGGCUAAAGAAGAGACCAAAAAGGCAGUGAGAUACCAGAAAAAAUCCCGAAGGAAACUUCUCUUCCUUACCAUGUGUGGGGCUGCAGGGUUACUCCUUUUACUCAUCAUAAUAGUUGGAGUCUUUGAAUGAUAGAUUUCAUGGUUCACAGACUCACAGCAGUCAGCUGUUCCUGUAGUGAUGAAGCCUGCACCGGCUCCAUAAUAAGUCUGUCAUUCACUAUCCAACAGCAUUACAGAGAGGAUCUCUUAACCAAAGUGAGGUAUUUGUGUGAUCCACUUUGUACCAGUAACAUCAGACCUCAUGAUACACUGUUCUGGAGCAAUUCUGUACCGCUAUAAUAAAAUGUCUUGUCAGCACAUAUCCCUCUCUGUCAGUGGCGAUAUAAUGAACACAGACAGCACAUCAGAUAUAUACACUGGUGCACAUUCUGUAUUGCGGCCAUUUUCUUGUGUUGGAUAUCAAUUUCAGACAUUUCUUGGUCCAAUGACUUGAAAGUAAUUGUUUGAUGUUUUGGGAAAUAUGCUUAUACUACUUGCAGAUAUUUAUCUGAGAAGAUUGAUACCACUCUUAGUGCUAGUGGUAUAACUCUUGGAAAUGAGGCGAAUAAGUGUACUUACCAAUCAUGUUGAACUAUUCCUGUAAUAUUCAAAUGUUUAUGUAGUAAUUGUAAUUCUAUAAAUUAUAAUAUAAUUUGUUUUACAUGUUCAAGUGUGUGUUCCAUAUGUUAUACAUGUGAAUUGAAUGUAAAAGUACUACAGCUCAGGACUACAUUAGGAAUAGUAAAAUGUAAAAAGGAAAAAGAAAAGAAAAAAAACAAUUAUAUUCACUGUAAUAUUUUCCAGUUAAUUGUUUCUCAAUCAGAAGAAAAAAUCCCAAUCAAUCAAAUGUGAUUCAUCACUUUAUUCAAUACCACGAAACCAGCUGGUAUUGCACAUUCAGAAUGUUUUUUUACACUAAACCAUACCUGCCUUCUUGACCUUUAAUAUGAAUCCGUAACUUAUUCAAUUGUAUUUAUUUAUCAGUGUGUGUGAUGAUUGAAAUAUUCGUUGUGAAAAAUGUCAUGCUGUAAAGUAGGCUUCUGGAUGACGUUAUUUCAAGAGCACACAUUUUCAUUUUGAUAUAUUUGUUUCUUUUUUUUAAUUCAUUUAAGUUAUAUCUUGUAUUUUAUAUUAAAGCUGAAUAAUGAAAUCAUGUAAUUUCAAAAAAUAAAAA